UUUAGGUAUGAGGUCAUUGCCUGUGCAAAUGCCAGAUAAAAGUAAGAGAAGGCCCCCACCCCCGAUUCCCCCAGAAGAAGAGGAAGAAGAGGAAGAAAUAGUAAUAGCUAUGUAUGACUUUCAGCCGACGGAACCUCAUGACUUGAGACUACAAAGAGGUCAAGAAUAUACUGUUAUUGAAAAAAAUGACAUUCAUUGGUGGAAAGCAAGAGACAAAUAUGGAAGCAAAGGAUAUAUUCCAAGCAACUACGUAACAGGAAAGAAGUCCAAUAGUCUAGACCAGUAUGAAUGGUAUUGUAGAAAUCUGAACAGAAGCAAAGCUGAACAGCUCCUCAGAAAUGAGGAUAAAGAAGGUGGUUUUAUGGUGAGGGACUCCAGUCAGCCGGGUUACUAUACAGUAUCGCUUUACGCAAAAUUUGGAGGGUAAGUCAUGGAGCCACUUAUUAUUUGUAUUCUCAUUUUGGUUCCUUGAGAUAUAAAAACAUUUGCAUUUUAAAAGAAAUAACUUGCAUUUGAUUAUCAAAAUCUUUCUGGUAUAGUAAAAUGAGAUAUGUACUUCCAUGAUUCAAGAUGGUAACUCAGUCA